AUGGCUGGCAAUACGCGCUCUACCCCCGACGACGUCCUUCCACGCCGACCCAGCUCCAUCUCUCAUAUUCAACAAUUCCUACGCAAACGGUUCAGUCUAAAGGAAGACUUUCCCGUUCGUACUCGACGAGCGUCUGGGCUGACUGAACACUUCAACUUCUUUCGAUCCCGCGGCCCGUCCAAGACGGCACCAUCAGCUAUGGAAACUGUCGCUUCAAUGUCACCUAUCACUCCGAGCUCGCCUAUGACAGCUGCUGACAUUAGUCUUCGCCGAAGGAGUGUAUCGUUUGCGCCCAAGACACCGAGUCGGCUUGCUCAAUCAAUGCUGCCGCUCUCCCCGCCAAUUACACCGAACAAGGAGAGUUUUUCCGAUGCCCAAGUAGACGAUCGAAUUUCUAUUGAGCUGCCUCAUCAUGCGACUGCUCUUUCGAACGCGCCGCGGCCUUUGUCAUUUGCGGCAUCAUCGCUGAAACGAGGGCGCAAACCUCCGCCUGCAGCUUUGGACCUAUCGCCCAGGAAAGUAUUAACACCCGCCACACGGACAAAGCAAGACGUUGCAGAGAAGAAGAAGCCAGGCCGAUUGAAUGUCAAAAUCCUUGAAAGUAUCGCGCGCCGGGGGGGCCAGGUGCCACCCGCAGCGGUCGCCGAUCAGAAUGCGUUAUCUGCUACAUCGCCUCCAAACAUGCGUCCUGUAGGCACACCCAAAGAAGAAUUCGGCGCGCAAAUAGGUAUGCUCGGCCUGGGGAUGGUCGCUUCUCCGCUUCCGUUGUCAGCCCUCUCACCUCGGCCGCCCGCCGCCCGUUCUGGAACGGCCAAUGUCUCUCACGGGCAAGCCAGUGCUGCAGCUCCUAUCACCGCCAUUCAUAUGGGACGACAGAUGACCUUCGCGCCGCUGCCACCGGAGCCUGACGAGCUAGGCCGUUGCACACUCAUUGACGAGGAGGGCGAACCGUCGAUGGUGUUUCCGAGGGAAAUCCAGGACUGGAUCUACAUGCCGUGGGUAUACUGGGGAAUGAUUUGUGGUCGUCCUUUCAACUUAUGGUUUGAGCCUAGGAAGUAG